UUUUACUGGUUACCUACCAUCUUGCUGUAUUUACUUUAAGAAUUUAGGUCUAAGUUUAAAUUAAUUUAUUUUUUAGUUUUAAUAUUUUUAGGAAUUCGUUCGAUCUGUGUGGAGAAUAUGUACCAUAUAUAUAUAUAUAGUAUUUCGUAAUUCACUGCUGAUGUGUUCAAGAUAAUAAUUUUGUGAUAUUUUAUUCAAUAUGUGCCACCUUAUUGUGGUCUUGGUCCAACUCUAAACGUUCCACUGCCUAGAAUAUAUUGAUUUCAACAUGUCCCAUAGUUAUUUUACGAGAAAUAUCGAUAUUGAAGCACUGAACAUCACAUUGAAGUUGCAACAACAAACCGAAGGAGAUGUGGGAUGUGUCGUAUGGGAUGCCUCUAUAGUCCUAUCGAAAUACCUUGAAGAACUUUUUAAAAAGGAUAAUGAAUAUUUCAACAACACUCUCGCUAUAGAACUGGGUGCCGGAGUUGGGUGUGUAGGCCUUACUGCUGCUUGUUUAGGUGCAAACGUGCUGUUGACAGAUCUACCACCAAUUAUCCCACUAUUGGAAACAAAUCUUUUACUAAAUAACCAGUUGUUCAAGAGAGAAGACACUAGAGUAAAAGUUGCAUCUUUACCUUGGGGUUCAACAAAUAUAACUCAUAAACCGGAUGUUAUUUUACUAGCCGAUUGUAUUUACUAUAGAGAUUCAAUUGAUCCCCUCAUUGAAACACUGAGAAGCCUUUCAGGCCCACAAACAACUAUUAUUUUAAGUCAAGAAAUAAGGGAGAGCGAAAAGCAAAAAGCUUGUUGGAAGUAUUUUUUGGAGAACGUUCAAAAACAUUUUAAGUCCUAUGUUGUUCCAUUGGAGGAGCAAAAUGAUGAAUUUAGAAGCCCAGAUAUAGUUGUUAUAAAAUUUACUUCACUAUAAUUACAAUUAGUUAACAACUAAUAAGUAAAUCUACCUCAAAAUAUUUACAUGCUUUAUACAGGAAAUAGUUUUAUGAAUAAAUACUUAAAAUCGAA